GCCACGUUCGGACCAGAGAGCGGAAGCAGCCAGUGCUUUUGGGUGGAGGCGCUGAGACCCUUUGGUGGUGAUUCGCACUCCACGCGCACUUCCAGAACCCAUUGCCGGUGGAUGCCGAAAAGAACUGAAAGGCUGGGGACUCCGGAUCCGUCGCCAUUCCAGCUGCUACUGUCGCCGAGGACGCCUUUUCCCUGGUCUCCGCCGCCACCAUCACCGCCGCCGGAAGACGCGGCCCAGAGGUCUCUUAGGCCUAGGUGCGGCCCAGUGAGCCUGACGCGAGACUGCCGUGAGUAAAAAACAAACAAAAAGCGAGCGCACUCACCACAGUCGUUUACCAAUUAAAAUGGAGGAGAUUUCCCUGGCCAACCUGGAUACUAACAAGCUGGAGGCCAUCGCGCAGGAAAUAUACGUAGACCUGAUAGAGGAUUCUUGCUUGGGCUUCUGCUUUGAGGUGCACCGGGCAGUCAAGUGCGGCUACUUCUACUUGGAGUUCGCAGACACUGGUAGCGUGAAGGAUUUUGGCAUUCAGCCAGUGGAAGACAAAGGAGCGCGCCGCCUCCCCCUUUGCUCCCUUCCUGGAGAACCCGGCAGUGCGCCCGAUCAGCAGCUGCAGCGCUCACCUCCGGAGUUCCAGUAAUUACCACAGGAGAGAGAGGCGAAAAUGACCAGGACAAUAAUCUAGACUGGUCCCUUGACGUGGAAGAGUAAGCUUAAGUAGGAAAAAACAAAAGUAAAACAAAACUUCCAAUCCCCCCCCCCCGAAGAUCCUAGCAUUAAAAAAAAAUCCCAAAGUGGAGAGAAUUUAGGAAUUCAGAUUUUUUUUAAGUGUCUUUUGGGUCAAGUAUGAAACCCUGGGCAGGAGAAGGUGCACAACUUGGGAGGUAUGCAGUGUGUAUGGAUCUCCAAACACACCUGGAUUCCCUGUGCUGCCUUCAGUACACAGGUGAGAAGUUGUGUGCCCAGCAUAUACAAUCUAUUCUGAGACUUUCUGUCUGCUUCAUGCCAAGGGCUUCCUGGAGAGUUUGGACCUUGUCCAUGAUCUGGCCAUGUUAUCAGUGGGACUGUUCCUUUCUAUUCUAAAUCUCUCUUUUGAGCUUCACUGAUAAAAACGAAAGGUAUAACACCUGGAGACUUACCAUGUCAAUUUAGGACCACCAAGAAAAAAGAAUUCCCAGUUGAAUUUGCUAGUGAAGCUUUAUGGCCUUAACUGCAAGGAGAAGAACAAUUCAAAACGAUCUUUUUGUUUGUUUUUUUUAAAGGCCCAACAUUUUUGAUGGUUUCUUCGUACCUGAGAACAAGGCCUUGUUUCUGGUUGAGCAGAGCCUUGUUUUAUUCCUUCCCACUCAGUGGCACAAGCUUGACAAAGUACAACUUGGUUGCCCAGACAGCCCAUGGGGAAGUAGUAGAGACCUCUGCAACUAUGCGUAGUCUCAAACUGGAAGAUUUAUGUCUUAAGUGUAUUGUGUUGUGGACAUAAGUUUGAUGGGACAGUACCUUCCGUACCUUCCCAUAUUUCAGUUAGUGGUUGCAUAGCCACUCUACGAGUCUGCCAAGUCACUAUUUGCUUUCUAGUGCAGGGGCAUGAAGAGCAUCAUGGUUGUGCAAAAGGCUAGUUGGAAAAGGAGCCCGAAGUGGGUCUUUGCCAGCUGCCCUGAGUAAUGUGAAUGGGUUUAAUACUAGAAGCUAAGGGGCAGGACUAGGUUCAUCCCUCGCCUGACUGUGUGCAGAGUCCUAUUGAGUAUCCCUCUCAGAAGCUCUGUUUAGGUGAACAUUCAGACUGUCAUCACCUUUUCUGCCCUUCAAAAGGGGCAGUCCAUUCCACUAGGUCGCCUUUGGACCUGUUGACAGCAAGAGCUUUCUGUUGUUGGAAAUCAGAAAAAGACCUCCAAGUUCUCGACUUUAGGAAAUGGGAUAGAGGGAGGAUGGGAACUGAGCUGUGUUGCUAAAUUGCCUUGUGUUUUAAAACUCCUUGAGUGAAGGUUUAUAAAGGGUAGGUGGGUGGGAGGCCUGAGGUGAGUGGAAUGGUGCUGCUUUAUUUGAAAUGUUUUUCUUACCUCAUUCUAUGCCCCAAUAAAGGGCCCAGCCUCAUCUCUCUGGCUUGGUCCAUGUUCCUGUCCACUGCCUAUCUGGUGCAGCUCAUAAUUCCAGGUGCUGCUUGCCACUCUUAAGCUUUCCCCAUCUACCAGUUUCACUUCAUCUCUCUUUAAAUUGUUCUAAUUCUUCUUGGCCUUUUUUUAAAAAAAAUGUUUUUGGUUUUUAUUUAGUGGUUUUUUUUUGUUGUUGUUUUUUAAGACUCAGGAGAAUAUUUGGCUCCCUGUGCUUGGAUUGGAAUGUAGAAAUAAGUUUUUGUAUUUAUAAGGCAGUGUCAUGCAUAAAACAUUUUUCCCUGUGGGACUGCCUUAGUUUACCCUCUUACUUUGUCUUCAUGAGUUCUGUCUUCCUACUUGCACUUGGAUUCUGCUCUUAGGACUUAAGCAGAACUAUGAAGGCUGUCUGAUAUAUCGAGAUGGAGCUGGUCCACCUCACCACCCCUUGCUCUGUAUGUACAUUACAUUAUGUGUGGACUGAUUUAAGAGUUUAGGAAACUACUAAUUAGACCUUGAGUCUUUUACUGCCUUCUAGAGAUUUCCUGCCCAGCAUUGUGGGCCUAGAUACAGAUCUACAAUCCAAGAAUUAAAGCUUUUGAAAAAAGUCAAACCUUAGCUGGAGCUAAAAGUAAUUUGUAGUCAUCCUUACCUUUGAAUUUUUGCAAAUAUCGAAGAAUGCUGAUGGAAAGAAGGGUCUAAGUGAGACAGUGCUUUGGAAACAAGAUGAAAGAGAAAAGGUAAUCAUCCACUUACUCUUCCUCCAGAUGGGGAAUCAAGAACAUGACUUUAAUGUCAGACCUUUUAGUAUGGCCAGAGAAAGAUGUUGUUGGAAGUAAGUUUUAGUGGUGGUAUCUGCACAUCUCUCUUUGGUUGUUUUGAUCCCCUUCUCUACUACCAUCAUUAGGACAGGAGGCCCCUGCCCUGGAUAGGUACUAGGUGGGCUCAGUCCAGCAGGUGCCCUGAGGGGACAAACUACUGUUCUGGGAGUUCAGGCUUCCUAGCAUAUAGUUGACAGUGGUUAGAAACUCCCUUUUCCUAUCUUCCCCAUGGUAACAACAGAACUUCUGUCUUUCCCUAUUCAACUAAUUGUAUUGAUCACUCUAUAAUCCUAUUAUGUAUCUGAGUGAGUGUGUGUGUGUGUGUGUGUGUGUGUGUGAGAAGCGGGUUCUUUAAAAUUUCUGUGGUUUGUGGCUUUUUCUACCAUACAUUAGUUUCCACCACCGCAUGCCCAGGGGCCAUUGCCUGGCAUUAUCGCAUGCUGGGACCAUUGGGGGAGGGUAGUAUGAAACUCACCACUGUCCUUUGCUUUGGAGAUUCUUAUUUUUGCAUAAGUAACCCAUCCUAUACAGAUAGCCGAUUAGUGUGUUUCCUUGCCCCUAUGGCUGCUGGUGUCAAUAAAAUGCAUUUCCCCAUUGCUAAACAGUAAUAAUAAUAAUAAACUUUUUAAAAAUUA